AUGCCUCCUAAAAUUAAACAAGAGUUAAUCACAAACAUAAUACCACAAAGAAGAAAAAGAGACCGAUUCAAUGGUAGGACAGAAGAGGAAGUUUUGGGAAUGAAACUUCCUGACCACCUGAAGCCAGACCUGGAUAUCAUCAUUAUAGGUAUUAAUCCUGGUUUGACGGCUGCCUACGUGGGACAUCAUUAUGCCGGACCGGGAAAUCAUUUUUGGAAGUGUUUAUAUUUAUCUGGUCUCAUCCCCGAACCGAUGAAUGCAUAUGAUGAUGCCAAGCUGCUGCACUUUGGCAUUGGGUUCACAAACAUUGUGGAACGAACAUCCAGGGGAAGUGCAGAUUUAACUAAAAAAGAAAUACAAAUUGGUGCACAAAUUUUGCAAGAAAAAAUUGCAAAAUACCAGCCUAAGAUAGCUGUCUUCAAUGGGAAAGGCAUAUAUGAAGUCUUCUGUGGUCACAAGAAAUUCAUCAUUGGCAAACAACCAGACCCUUUUCCAGGAACCAAUACAGUGAUUUAUGUGAUGCCUUCUUCGAGUGCUCGUUGUUCCCAGCUACCAAGAGCCGUGGAUAAAGUACCCUUUUAUGCCGCUCUCAAGAAACUUCGAGAUUAUUUGAAUGGACGAAUCACUGAGGUCUGUGAUUCUGAUUUUUUAUUU